AUGACAUCCGGCGAACAGAAUGCUGCCUCGCAGCCAGCUCCCACGCAGCCCCGUGUAGCAGUCACCCACUCAGGCCCAGAACCGAAAUCGAUCGAACAGAUCGCGGCCGAACACCGUGCCGAACUCGGAGAUAUCAUAAAGGCGCAAGGGGAAGCUCAUAACAGAGCCGAAGUCAAGCGAGGAGAAUUCGACCCGCAAGCUGCCGCCAGAAGUGCCGGUCAUGCGAGCGACUGGGUGUACGGCGGUCAUCAGGUUCCCGCGGAGGCGGGACCCAGCGUGUAUAUCCAGGCUCCUGACCUGCCUGUGGACACAGGUCCAGAACCGGCUCCGGACUCGAGACCGUUCCUCCCCGAGGGGAUAUGGCCCAGAGGAGAAAUUUCAAGAACAGCAGAGGAAAGAAGAGAAUAA